AAUACACAAUAAAGUAAAGCUGUUAAUAUUAUUAUAUUGCCAAUAUGAAGAUGAAAUUAAUUGAUAGUGUCGUUCGGAGCUUUAAGGUCGCUAAAGUAUUUAGAGAGAACACAGACAAGAUCAACGCCAUCGACUUUUCACCAAAUGGAGAGCAUUUAAUUUCCUGCAGCGAGGACGAUCAAAUUGUUAUAUAUGAUUGCGAAAAAGGAACACAAUCGCGAACUGUAAACUCCAAAAAGUAUGGCGUAGAUUUAAUACAUUUUACACAUGCGAAUAACACCGCUAUACAUAGCUCUACUAAAGUAGACGACACAAUAAGAUAUUUAAGUUUACAUGAUAAUAAAUACUUACGAUACUUUCCUGGUCACACCAAAAAGGUAAUAUCAUUGUGUAUAUCUCCUGUGGAAGACACAUUUCUGUCGGGUUCUCUAGAUAAGACUCUUCGAUUAUGGGAUCUCAGAUCUCCGAAUUGCCAAGGAUUAAUGCACUUGUCUGGACGUCCCGUCGCAGCUUAUGAUCCCGAAGGACUGAUAUUUGCAGCUGGAGUAAAUUCUGAAAGUAUUAAAUUAUACGAUCUUCGUUCCUUUGAUAAAGGACCUUUCGUAACAUUUAAACUUAAUCAAGAGAAAGAAUGUGAUUGGACUGGAUUAAAAUUUUCGCGUGAUGGUAAAACUAUACUUAUUAGUACUAAUGGUUCAAUAAUUCGUCUUGUAGAUGCUUUCCAUGGAACACCUUUGCAGACAUUUACGGGUUAUCCAAACACAAAGGGAAUUCCAAUUGAAGCUAGUUUUAGUCCGGAUUCUCAAUUUAUAUUCUCCGGCAGUACAGAUGGCCGCGUUCAUGUAUGGAAUGCUGAUACCGGAUAUAAAGUAUGUGUUCUAAAUGGUGACCAUCCUGGCCCCGUCCAAUGCGUCCAAUUUAAUCCCAAAUAUAUGUUACUAGCCUCUGCCUGUACCAACAUGGCGUUUUGGUUACCUACAUCCGAUGAAGGUUUAUAAAUAAUUUUUAAUUUCAUGUAAGAAAUAGUAUACAUAAAUAAUUUCCUAAUCUUAGAAAAAAAAUUUAAAAAAAAAUAA